GUCAUAGAGCAAAGACGAAUCCAGAUCUACCCAUAAAACAGAGAAAACCCAGAUCUUCCUUCCUUGAAAUAUGACCUAUUUGUUCAAUACCCAGAUCCAAAAAUGUCAUCUUGCAUCUGAUUUUUAGCGUUUGAAGCACGGUCAAGCAAAAUUUCGAGUUAUAUGUUCAGUGGUUUUCUUCUUUGAAGCUUCUUGGGUUUUUAUUACUUUUCUAAAUUUAGAAACAAUAGAAGGAGUGGAAAAGUCUCUGGAUGGAAAAUUCGAGGAACAAGAGAGGGUAUGGCCAUGGCGCGGAGGAUGCAGAGAACGCACCGGAAUCGAAGAAACAAAAGCUGCCGGCGUUGGCUAGUGAAAAUGUCAGCUUUGCUUCUGGUUACUUGAAAGUGUCUGUUUUUCGAUCGAAUUUGGCUAUGAUUUAGUUGACUUUGAUCAAGUUCGAUCAGCAGGGAUAGAUGUAAAGGUUUCACGAAAAUGUUUGAGAUUGGAUUUGAUCCAUGUGCAUCUGAACUCGAUCAUAGUAGAAUUGAGGACUCAUGAAUCUGUUUCUUGAUGCAUGAAUUGGUGUAUUUGCACUUUGCAGUGUAGUUGUGGAAGCCUUGAAGGUGGAUAGUUUGCAAAGACUUUGCUCAUCUUUGGAGCCGCUGCUCCGCAGAAUUGUGAGUUGAAAACUCUUAUAAGCAUUAGUAGUUAGGCAUGGGAAAAAUGUUGCUUGCAUGGUGUUCCAAAAAGAUGAUUCAUCAACCACAAUGCUGUUACUUCGGCCUUUUGCCUCUUCUUUUUCCCAGAGGAUUAUUUUAUCUGUUUGGUUUCACUGCAAGUGAACUGCAUGAUUGUAUGGUUUAAGUAUCACAAGUUGGCUUUUAUUGAUCCUCUUUUGAAUGAAUGACAGGUUAGUGAAGAAGUGGAGUGUGCUUUGGCAAGACUGGGAAAUGCUAAAUUAGCUGGAAGGUCUUUACCGCCAAUGAUACAAAGUGGGGAUGGAAGAAACCUACAGCUUCAUUUCAGGACAAGAAUGCCACCACAUCUUUUCACAGGUGGGAAGGUUGAGGGAGAGCAAGGAGCAGCCAUCCAUGUUGUCUUGCUAGAUUCAAACUCCGAUGCUGUUGUUCAAACUGGACCAGAGUCAACAGCCAAAGUGAGUGUUGUAGUGCUUGAAGGUGAUUUCAAUGAGGAAGCUGAUGAGGAUUGGACUAAAGAGCACUUUGAAAGCUUUGAAGUAAAAGAGCGUGAGGGGAAAAGGCCAAUUUUGACUGGGGAUUUGCAGGUAACCCUCAAGGAUGGGGUGGGAACUCUAGGAGAUCUUACUUUCACUGACAAUUCUAGCUGGAUUAGAAGUAGAAAGUUCAGGCUUGGCUUGAAGGUUGCUCCUGGAUACUGUGAGGGAAUUCGUGUGCGUGAGGCUAAAUCUGAAGCUUUUGCUGUUAAGGACCAUAGGGGAGAAUUGUACAAGAAACAUUAUCCACCAGCUUUACAUGAUGAAGUUUGGAGAUUGGAUAGAAUAGCGAAGGAUGGAGCACUGCACAAGAAAUUGCUGAAGGCUAAAAUUGUAACAGUUGAAGAUUUUCUUCGGCUUCUUGUGAGGGAUACACAAAAAUUAAGAAAUAUCCUUGGAAGCGGAAUGUCCAAUAGAAUGUGGGAGAACACAGUGGAGCAUGCUAAAACCUGUGUCUUGGGAGAAAAGCUUUAUGUUUACUACACUGAUCAAACGAACAACACUGGUGUUAUUUUCAACCAUAUUUUUGAACUCAGCGGCCUUGUUGCUGAUGGACAGUUCUACUCUUUGGAAUCACUCACAGAAAGUCAGAAGAUUUCAGUGGAUUCACUGGUGAAGGGGGCAUAUGAAAAUUGGCAUCAAGUAGUUGAAUAUGAUGGCAAAGUCCUCAACUCUAUAGCAAGUUCUAAGAGGGGAUUAAAUGCCUUGGCUGCACCAAUAAAUGAGAACAACUAUUGCACAGAUCGCUCCAACACAACCACUCAGGACAGACAGCCAUACAUCAUGCCUGAUCCAAGUCUACAAAUCCAGAACAACCACCACGCAGCAGUCCCUCAGCUGAUUAAGUUUCCCUGUUUGAGCUCUGACCAGAAUGCAGUGAUGACACUAGAUAAUCCACAAGCAACAUUCACUGGUAAUUUGAAUUACAUGUCAAUUGGGAAUCCUGCAGCUUCCUUUUCAGGUUUUCAGGAAGAUUGGUCUCAACCAAGGAAUGGACAGGGAUUAGAAAACUUUUAUGCAGAAGAAAUUAGACUUAGAAGUUCAGAGAUGUUGGAAAGUGAUGACAUGCAGAGGCUGCUGAAGACAUUUGGCGUUGGGGUUGGAACGGAGACUGGUUUUGACUCUAAUGAGGCUUCCUAUGCAUGUAACAUUUCCUUUGAUCAUCAGAUAGACCACGCAUAUGGGAAGGAACGCAGCAGGGGCUCUGGGAAGGCAGUAGUGGGCUGGCUUAAAUUGAAAGCUGCUUUAAGGUGGGGCAUAUUUAUCAGGAAGAGGGCUGCAGAGAGGAGAGCUCAGCUUGUUGAGCUAGAUUGACCUUGAAGCUUGGAAGGAGCUCUUGCACAGCUCCAAGUUCUGUUUUGUUUUCCAUGCUUUUGUUACGUAGGCUAUCUAACAAAGCCAGAUGGGGAGAGGAGGUGGUGAUAAUAGAAUUCCUGUAUAUGUGCAAAUUCUUAACUAGUUUUUUAUGUACCAGACAUAUUUUUACUUGUGUAAUUUCAUUUUUUUUAAUUUCUUCCACUAAUGAUUUAGUAUAUACCUUCAUUUUCAUUUGUUUAAAUAUAUCCAUACAGAUUUU